AUGAUAGAGGAGAUAUUUAUAGUUGGAGAAGGGGACCGAGUCUUGUACGGAGAUCCUAGCAGAUAUAAGAAAGAGGCCCGAUAUCCUGUGGAUGAUGUUGGAGGAGCUCGGAUGGUGCAAGUGGGGAUGAAUGAUGUCAAGAUAGGAAUCUUACACAGCCUUGGAUGUGACUUCUCGGUGCUAGAAUACAUCCAAAGGCUAUGCAAGAAACUCGAGAAGAAGUUAGGGGAGAUUAAUGAGAAGAACGUUCUAGAGAAUUAUUUUAGUCUGCUUAGGAUAAUAAAUAAGCAGGAGAGUGUUGUAUUAUUUGAUGGUGGAAAGAAACUUAUUCCGUCUAUAACCAGUAACAAUGUAUAUCUCGAUGUGUCUGAGGAUCUGAGUGCCAUAAUCGAGAAGGAAAAGACAAUCCUGAACAGAAUUGAUGGAAGGUGCUACUUGAAUGCAUCAUUUGGGGAGGAAAGAACUGUGGAGUUUGAUGUUUGUAGCCUGAAACCAUGUACAAUUGCCUACAAGAACUACCAGCAAGUUUCUGAGGGGCUUGAAGGUAUAAGAGUGAGUGCAAAGGUCCAGGGAAGUAAACUCGAAGCAGUUAGGUAUUGGUCUUCGGAUGCAAAAGAUCCUCUUGUGAUGAUUAGCAAGAUUGAUGGAGGGUACAUUCUAAGCUGUCCAAGUCCUACAAGAUUUGACAGGCUCGAAGUGUGUUUCCCGAUUCCAAAAAUGGCAUCUAAGGUUGUGAAGAGCCAUAGGUCGGGAAAAAGCAUCUAUGACGAAGAGAAUGAUUUACUAAGAUGGACUUUCACAAAGCAGGUUAUAAGAAGAGAAAGGAUAGAUUAUCGGGUGGAUCUGUUUGAGGAAUAUGAGGAUCUGCGGCCUAUAAUGGUGAACUUCUACAUAAAGGAGUGGAAGGAUUCAAAAGUAAGAGUGGAAAGGGCUGAAUGUGUUGAAAAUCCAGGGGUGUGUUUUUGGAUUAGAUACAGCAUGGCGAGUGGGAGGUAUGAGAUAAGAAGAUAG